ACCUUUUUUUUUAUAUAUUCCAUUUCAAUCUUUAAAUGAAAGUCAUUGACCUGUAACCCGAGCCUGGCACCAGUGUGUAUUCACAACCCCAAUCAGAUUUCAGGUAAACAAUAUCUUUCUUUUUGACUUGCUACAUCACUGAAAAAAAUAAAGGCAUGGCACGGACAGAACCAAGGAUGGAUUCAAUGCGUAUGAGGGUAACAUUUCACACUGUAAAGUCUCACUGUUUAAAACCUUUUAAGAUUAAUAUUGUUCAACAAUAAAUUACCUAUGUAGACCUUUGAUUAGUAGUAUUUUUUAUAGCUUGACUGUAAGGGAGAAUGACAAAAUGCAUUAAUAUAAACAUGAUGAAAUAAGAAAGAAAACUAAAAAAUUAUAUAUCUAAAUAGAAGAAAAACACGACUAUGAAUAUUUACCGGAUGGGGGGCAACGUAUAUUAUUACUUUAUAAUAGGUUUACAUUGCCAGAAUAACAAACUAUAAAUUGUUUUAAAAUAUGUACAUAAUAAUGACACUUAGACUACCUGUUCACAAUAAUUCAAUAAUAAUAAUAAUAAUAAUAAUAAUAAUAAUAUUAAUAAUAAUAAUGGCAACCAGAAGUAAAAUAGCUUCCAUGUCGCCCUCCGCGGCUUAAAACGUUAAUAGUGGAAUUUUGUGUAUAGUUUUUGGAACUGUAAAUACAAUUGUGAGGUACACUAUGGAGCAACUUUUUAAUCCAAUGAUAUCAUCUGUACUUCAAAUGUAACCCAGAAGUAUUAUAAACAAGUAAACAUCUAGAUAAAUAUUUGUAAAGUUUUUGGAAAUUAAUCAUUUUGUGAAAAAUUCCUUGCAGUGCUGGUAAUAGCCCAGUCAAGAUGGCUUUUGGGGGACUAGUCUGUAGUUUUUUGUAAUGCAUUGCCCGUAAUAGUUAAUAAUGUGAAGACAUUACACGACUACAACUUCCAGACGGCACCGGUUCUGUGGUGUGGCAAUGUGUUUUCUGAGAGUUGGAAGUGGUACCUUAUCAGCAAACUUAAAAGUCAGUUUGGAUGAUGAAAGAUAAGCGCCGCAUUUUGAUUGGUUGCAGAGCUAUAAACGAACCGCGGCUGGGAAUCUAAUCAAGCCAAAAAAUUUGAGAGGGGUGGGAAAAGUCAAGGGUUUGCUACGCUUUGUUUUGUGCUGAUGAGCUGAAAUUUACCAAAUCAUAAAUGCUCAACUGAACGUGGCACAAUUGUGUUCGUACUGACAGAGCAAAUGGCAGCAGUGGUUUUUAAGUCUCUCGGUUUGCAGCAGAAAGCGGUGGGUUAUUCGCGUGUGCAGCUUGUGUCUGCAUGCCAAUGCUGCACAAAAGUCAGCUGCCCAAGUGCUGAAGGGAAGGACACUGAUGGUAGUACUUGCCACCAGCAUCAACAGAAGAGAGCUUCCGACCUGAGCGUCUCUAGCAAAAGAUCAGCCUUUGAGAAAUCAGACAACAAAACGUUCCUCUGGGCAAGGUACAAUGAGAUGAAAAGGCUUGUGUGCGAUCUUCUUCCUCCUGGUGUGUGUAACCUCCUCAAUCCAGCCUCAAUAUACGCAAACAAUGAGAUCAGUCUGCAGGACAUUGAGAUCUAUGGCUUUGACUAUGAUUACACACUGGCCCAGUAUUCUAGUUUCUUACAUACAAUGAUCUUCAACACAGCCAGAGAAAUCCUCAUUGAACAGUACAAGUAUCCACAAGGCAUUAGGAGCUAUGAAUAUAUUCCCAGUUUUGCUAUUAGGGGUCUUCACUAUGAUGUGCAAAAGAGCCUUCUGAUGAAGAUCGACGCCUUCCACUAUGUGCAGUCUGGAACAGCAUAUAGAGGGCUCACGCCAGUGCCAGAUGAGGAGGUCAUUGAAAUGUAUGGAGGCACCCAGCACAUCCCUCUAUACCAAAUGAGCGACUUCUAUGGCAAGGGUCCCUCCAUUAAACAGUUCAUGGAUAUUUUCUCCCUCCCUGAAAUGACUCUGCUGGCCUCUGUGAACGAUUAUUUCAUCACUCACAACAUUGAGUUUGACCAGGGGCAUCUCUACAAAGACGUUACUGAUUCAAUCAAGGAUGUUCAUGUGAAAGGACUGAUGUACGAAUGGAUAGAGAAGGAUAUGGAGAAAUACAUUCUCCAUGGGGACGAGACGUAUGCUGUCCUAAACAGACUGGUGAAUAAUGGGAAGAAGCUCUUUCUCAUAACCAACAGUCCUUUCAGUUUUGUUGAUAAAGGGAUGAAAUUCAUGGUUGGGAGGAACUGGCGGGAUCUUUUUGAUGUGAUUAUCAUCCAGGCAGAGAAACCCAGCUUCUUCACAGACAGACGCAAACCAUUCAGGAGGCUCAAUGAAAAUGGAUCCCUUCAUUGGGACAAAAUCAGCACGUUGGAAAAAGGGCAGAUCUAUAGACAGGGUAACCUGUUUGAUUUCCUCCACAUGACGGGCUGGAGAGGAUCAAAGGUGCUUUAUUUUGGAGACCAUCUUUACAGCGAUCUGGCAGAUCUGAUGCUUCGACACGGCUGGAGAACAGGAGCGAUCGUCCCCGAGCUGCACACGGAGAUCCGGAUUGUAAACACUGAGCAGUACUUGCACACCUUGACCUGGCUGCAAGCCCUCACCGGCCUGCUUGAGAGGAUGCAGCUGCAUCAGGAUGCUGAAUCGCAAACAAUUUUGCUGGAAUGGAUGAAGGAGAGACAUGAGCUGAGGUCUGUGACAAAGAACCUGUUCAAUCCUCAGUUUGGAAGUAUUUUCAGGACCUACCACAACCCCACCUAUUUCUCCCGGAGGCUGUGCCGCUUCUCAGACCUCUACAUGGCCUCCAUCAGCUGCCUGCUCAACUAUGACCUGCAGUUCACCUUCUACCCCCGGCGCACCCCCCUGCAGCACGAGGCCCCCCUCUGGAUGGACCAGCUCUGCACUGGCUGCAUGAAAACGCCCUUCCUGGAGGAGAUGGUGCACAUCCGGUAAAGGUGUGCGAGGGACAGGCAUUCAGAUCAGUGUAAAGCAGUCAAUAUGGAUAGGGAAUGACUGUGUAUGUCUCUCCUGCCUCCUCUUUCAAAUCCAAUCACAAUAUGCUACUGUGUGAUAGAUCUAGGCCAGCCUAGACACCUGAAGGUAGCUUCUUGUUUACUGUUAAAUAUUAAAGAACAGGGAGAGCUGUGUGUUACUGUAUAAUGACAGAAACCAUAAGAGAUACGCAUGAUCCUUGCUUCAGUCCAGUCUUAAAAGGACCCGUGUGUAGUAUUAGAAACAAAUAAUUCUUGAUUCAAGAAUUCCACGGAAGGUUCUUGUGAAACAGACAAUAAAUUAGAUUAGUUUCUAAAGAUCGUUCUUUUUUGGUAGUUCUGUAUUUUCAGCAACUUUAUGAUAAUUAUGUCAGUGUUUAUUUUUUUUUAUUUUUUUUAAAUAUAUAUAUAUAUAUAUUUUGCUGGUAAAAUUUCAGUCAAUGUAGUUUUGAAAUUUAGAAAAGUGCCUCUUUUCUAAAAUCAUGAAUUGCCAUACAUUUAAUGCUGAUAUAAACUAGUACCGUAACAUGGUUGGUUUUGCACCAUGGUUUUAUCAAAUGUCUAAUUUGAAUAGGAAGUUUGUAAUUUUAAACCUAACCAUUUAAAAUGGUUAAAUAAAAUGACAGUUUAUGAGAAAAUAAUUGUUUUCAGAAAAGGGAAAAGGGUCACCACACUAUAAUAUAUUUGACUAGAUCCCUUCACUGGAAUAAACUCGUUUCUGCACAUUGGUGCUAAUUAUCUGAAGACUUGCAGGAGAGGGAACAUUAAGAAGACUCUUCUACCAGCACUUAUUGUCUUAGUCUGGCCAAUUUUGUAAAUUCAGCGUGGCGAGUACAUUUGUUAAGAAAAAAAUUCUGCCUACACAACAUAAGCUUGAAGCACAAUCAUAAGACUCAGUUAUCAAGCAUUUUCUGGUACAGCAGUCUCUGCGUAUAGGAACACUUCCUAAGGGAACACCCUUGUGGUGUAACAGAUUUUUCCCAUUGUAAAUGCUCCGGCUAAAGGAACAGGAACUUUGCUUAAAAGAACACCUUUUUGGCAUUGCUAGCGAUUCGUUCACAACUGAUACAGCACUGUUUUGUAGCCUGAUAACUCAUCGUCAUCAAACUUAAAUUCAAAUGGUUUAUUCAAUAUUUUCAAAUGACAUGACAAGUAAUACGUAUUUAUUUAUUUAUUUAUUUAUUCAUAUUGUGUCUGGUGGUCAACUCAGUCCUAGAGAACACUUUGCUUGCUUCCCGAGGGCUGUUCUCUUAGCCGGAGACUACUGUACCAGUUAUUAUACAGAGCAGAGAGCAUGCUGUUUUUUUAUGUAUCUUAGCAGUAUAUGCAUGUUGUGCUGAUUUCUGUGAGCUGUUUUAAUUUUUUUUUUAAAAUAAAAGUCCUUCCGCUGUCACACAUUUUCACUUUAUCCUGAGUUCCCUGGCUCAGCUGUUUUAGAUUUGAUGAAGUGUAUCCUGACAAAGUUAACCACAUUUUUAGUGCUAUAAAAAUUUUAUCUUUGGCUAGAGAAAUGUGUUUUACAUGCAUAAUACUGUAAAAAAUACAUAAUCUAAAGUUAAAUUACAAAGCACUUAUUUUACAUUCAUCUUCUCUUUGUCAUGUACUGUGCAUUGCACUGAGAUAGUACUCUGUUUGGCUUCUUGUUUAAAUAUGAUGCAUUUAUAUGGUGAUAGAUCGUUAAUCCCAUUAGAUGCACACACAGGUGGUCUCUUGCUGCUGCUAACCUCCGCGUGUGCACUGUAUUGUGGAAGUUCUGGUUCACCUCUUUGUGUAAUGGGUAUUGUAUCUGCUAACACUGCAGUGCAACACCUCACGGAUGCUGUCAGUCAUGUUUAUGUGCUCUGGAGAACAUUACCUGAAUUAAAAACAUCAAACAAG